GGAUUAGCUAGUUAAUUCAGGCGGAUCAGCCUAUGAUACUACUGUACUAUUUAUUUAAGAACUAUUUGCCUUCUCAUUCGCCCCUUCUGCUCUACGCAUCACCUGCCUUCCUCUCCCUCCCCUCUCCUCCCUCUAAUCCGGGCGUUCUAUUGUUUAUUUUCAUUGACUUUCGAGGUUCUUCGAAAGCCACUGGGAAAAGCAGACAUCCAUCGCGAUACCCCCUCCCAUUGUCCCCGACUCCGCUGCUAUUUCUUCUGUAUUUCAAAAUGCGCUCCUUCGCGCCCUGGCUCGUUAGCCUUCUCGGAGCAUCCGCGGUGGCUGCGGCUGCUGAUACCGAGUCUGAUGUUAUCUCACUGGAUCAAGACACAUUUGAGAGCUUCAUGAACGAGCAUGGUCUCGUCCUUGCCGAAUUCUUUGCUCCUUGGUGUGGCCACUGUAAAGCCCUCGCGCCAAAGUAUGAGGAAGCAGCCACGGAGCUGAAGGCGAAGAAUAUCCCUCUGGUGAAGGUUGACUGCACCGCCGAGGAGGAUCUCUGCCGGAGUCAGGGGGUGGAAGGUUACCCUACCCUCAAGAUCUUCCGGGGUGUUGACUCUAGCAAGCCGUACCAGGGCGCGCGUCAAACAGAAUCUAUCGUUUCCUACAUGAUUAAGCAGUCACUUCCUGCAGUAUCCUCAGUGAACGAGGGGAAUUUGGAAGAGAUCAAGACCAUGGACAAGAUUGUCGUGAUCGGUUAUAUCCCGUCCGACGACCAGAAGACUUAUCAGGCAUUUGAGAAAUAUGCUGAGUCUCAGCGGGAUAACUACCUCUUUGCUGCAACGGAUGAUGCGGCCAUUGCGAAGAAGGAAGGUGUCGAGCAGCCCUCCAUCGUGCUCUACAAGGACUUCGAUGAGAAGAAGGCUAUUUACGAUGGCGACAUCGAACAGGAGGCCCUUCACAACUGGGUGAAAUCCGCUAGUACUCCCCUUGUGGGCGAGAUUGGCCCCGAGACCUACUCUGGCUAUAUCGGGGCUGGAAUCCCAUUGGCCUAUAUCUUUGCCGAGACCAAGGAGGAGCGCGAAAAGUACACCGAAGACUUCAAGCCUAUUGCCCAGAAGCACAAGGGUGCCAUCAACAUCGCUACUAUUGACGCUAAGAUGUUUGGUGCCCACGCUGGAAACCUCAACCUCGACUCUCAGAAAUUCCCGGCAUUCGCCAUCCAGGAUCCCGCAAAGAAUGCCAAAUACCCCUACGACCAGGCCAAAGAAUUGGAUGCCGAAGAGGUUGAGAAGUUCAUCCAGGAUGUUCUGGAUGGCAAGGUUGAGCCUAGCAUCAAGUCGGAACCUAUUCCCGAGUCUCAGGAGGGUCCCGUCACGGUUGUUGUGGCUCAUUCCUACAAGGAUCUCGUCAUUGACAAUGACAAGGAUGUCCUGCUCGAAUUCUACGCACCUUGGUGUGGACACUGCAAAGCUCUUGCUCCGAAGUAUGAUGAGCUCGCAGCUCUCUACGCUGACCACCCCGAAUUGGCGGCUAAGGUUACCAUCGCCAAAAUCGAUGCGACGGCCAACGAUGUCCCGGACCCGAUUACUGGAUUCCCUACCAUCCGACUUUACCCCGCCGGUGCCAAGGACUCUCCCAUUGAGUUCUCUGGCCAGCGCACUGUCGAGGAUCUUGCCAACUUUGUGAAGGAGAAUGGCAAACACAACGUCGACGCCCUUAAUGCCGCUCCUGAGGAAGCCCAGGACGGCGGUGAUGUGACUGAGGCUGCUCCCUCCGCUACGGAGGCCGAGACCCCGGCUGCCACAGAGGACGAGAAGGCAGAACAUGAUGAACUGUAAACGGCCUUCCGGUUAUGAUCCCGCUUAGUACUGUGCCGUAUCAAUCAUUAAUUAUCUGAAAUAUCGAUUUUCCAUUGUUGCCAUUUGUAAUUUCUUGACCAAUCCGUUACUGGUUGACUUUGUUAGCUAAAUUGACCAAUUUCUAUAUGGCCAAUGUGGUGAAAAUACAAUUCACUCCACACUUGUCUACCUUAUUCCAUG